UAAGAUGGCUAGGAACCAACAAUUCACUAUCGGGUGGAUCUCCCCGCUACCCCUGGAGAAAGAAGCCGCCAGACUCGUGCUAGACGAGGAAUACCCACAAGAAGACGUACAGCACGAAAACACCUUCUACCUAGGCGGCCGCAUUGGACAACACAAGGUCGUUAUUGGGGUGCAGCGCAAGAUCGGAUUAAACGGAGCCGCGGUACUUGCCGAGAAGAUGCGCGUUGGCUUUCCUAACAUCAAGUACCUUGUCUUAGUCGGUAUCGCUGGCGGUGUUCCGCGCUACGGGCCGACGGGUGCUUCCUCUGAAAUCGUUCUGGGAGACGUGGUGGUUAGCUCCCCUCGAGGCAACCAUGGCGGGGUACUGCAGUACGAUAAGGGUGCUUGGCAAGGCGAGGGACGCCUCAACUUCCGCGGACACACGAACGGCGUGCCGGGAGAUCUUCUGGCUGCUUUGAACAACUUCAGAGCAGAAGGCUGGUCUAAAACAAACAUUCCAGGGAGGUUGAAACAGAUGCGCCUCAAGCUUGAUGAAAAGCGACAGCACCAGUUUGACGAUCCCGGCCCCACCCGCGACAGACUGUUCGAGGACGAAUACAAUCACCGAGGCACUGAGCUCGACGAUUGCAAAGACUGUUGCGAUGCAGAUCAGACCAUCUCGCGGUCUGAGCGAGGAGACGGAGCCACACGGUUGCUCGAUGAGCCGCUUGUCCACUUUGGCAACAUUGCCUCAAGCAACCAGUUACAGAUAUCUGCUCGAGAACGGAACAGGGUCCAGCUAGAACAUGAUGCGAUAUGCUUCGAGAUGGAGGCUGCAGGCGUAAUGGAAGAGUAUCCGUGCGUCGUGAUUCGAGGCAUUUGCGACUAUGCAGACUCUCACAAGAACAAGGGCUGGCAGAACUAUGCGGCGGCAACUGCGGCGGCAUGUGCAAAAGGGCUAUUAUCAAUGCUUCCUGCUAUAGAAGUCACGGACAGCAGUAAAACUGCGAGUUUGCCUUCGGAGCAACCUGCAACGCAUGCAUCAAACAUUACAUUUGGCAGUGGGAACUCUGGUCAACAAGCUGGAGUUAUUAAUGGUGGAGUUCACGGGGCUGUGUUUGGAAGGAGAUAGUACGUGUUGGGUUGUAAUUGAGGAGGGUUUAUCCAAAGGAAACCAAUAGUAUAUGGUCUAGAGAGGGAGUUGUCAUGAUUCCAUACACAUGCAGGAUGCAUCUAUGCCUCAUCGAUGAUCCACCCAGAAUGCCUGAAAUGACCUCGCGCGCUCUGCGUCCGGCUCCCUA